AUGCAGAUGCAAAAAUCUUUCAUAUUCAUCUAUCUAUCUCAUUCAUUCUAUCUAUCUAUCUAUCUAUCUAUUUCAUCUCAGUCUGUUCAUAUCUAUCUAUCUAUCUAUCUAUCUCAGUCUGUUCAUAUCUAUCUAUCCAUUAUCAUCUAUCUAUCUAUCUAUCUAUCUAUCUCAGUCUGUUCAUAUCCAUCUAUUCAUUCUAUUCAUCUAUCUAUCUAUCUAUCACAGUCUGUUCAUAUUCAUUCAUCUAUCUAUCUAUCAUCUAUCUAUCUAUCUCAGUCUGUUCAUAUCUAUUCAUUCAUCUAUCUAUCCAUGUCAGUCUGUUCAUAUCUAUCUAUCUAUUCAUCUAUCUAUCUAUCUAUCUAUCCCAGUCUGUUCAUAAUAUCUAUCUAUCUAUCUAUUAUCUAUCUAUCUAUCUCAUUUGUUCCUAUAUUCAUCUAUCUAUCUAUCUAUCUAUUCUCAUUCAUCUAUCUAUCAUCUAUCAUGCUAAAAGUCUGUGACCGCGUGCUAGACACUGGCCAGUGGUCGAAACGACAAAAUGUAAAAGUGAUCCUGACUUCUCUCUCGCUACGUCCUCCCUCUUUUUCUCUUGUUUCCUUCUCUCUAGCUUUCUCCUCUCCCUUCUUCAUAACCUCCUCCUUAGCUUUCUUCUCUCUCGCUUCACUUUCUCUCUCUCGUUUCCACCGCCCUCCUCCCUAG